AUGUAUUACCAUUACGAAAUACUCCAUAAAAACUAUGAAGUAAAAUUGGGUGAAACAUUACGCGGCACAGAAAUUGAAAAACAGUUUGAUACAUUAGAAGAAUUGAUGCAAAAUUUAGAAAAUUUACCACCGGAAAUAAAAAAUGAUGUUCGCUUCUUUGGCGGAGGAUUGGUCAACCAUAAUUUCUUUUUCACUCACCUCCUUAAAAAAGAUAACUUAGAAAAAAAAAUCAGCAAUGAACUUUUAGAGGCCAUAAACAACGAAUUUGGGUUAAGCAAAGGAAAAGAACUUCCGCUGGUAGUUUUAGUAGCCGGAAUAGUUCAAGGCGUUUUAUUUUGCAUGGAUGGAUUUGUUUCGGCAUUACUGAAAUCUCCUUUCAACCAAAUGUGUUAUGCUAUUAAUAAAGCAGAGGGAAUAAGUUAUGAAAGAAGGGACCGGAUAAUAACUAAAGCUACCGAGUCAAACGAACAUUGUAAAGAAACCCUAAAGAAAUUUGGGAUACUAACUAUUAGUACAGAGAUAAUUAGAAUUGUUGUUGAAGGAGCUAAACAAGCCGGAGACCAUGAAAAACUCGGCAAUUACUGGUAUUUGCUAAAUAUAAGUUAUCUCAUCCCCUUAGCACUUGCCACCUAUCGAGUUUGA